UGCUCCACCCCGGCAGCGUUUGAAAAUAGUUACAAGUGAAGGGAGGAGACCAACAGUUAGUUGAUAAUUAGUUAACUAAACACUGUUUGUUGAUAUCUAUUCGUCGUUUAUUUGAGCUAAAUCGACGUUUUAAGCUUCAGUGAUGUCUGAGGAGCUUGUGUGUUCAAAGCCGGAGGAGGCGAGGAACGGCGAGACAGAAAACAGCGUAGAAAUCGUUAUCACACUUACCAGUGAAGAUCCACCAAAUAAUCAUGAUCAUAAUGUCAACCAACAGACAGAAAGAGAGGCAGAGACUGUCUGUAAUGAGAUCAGACCAAACCACAGUCGAGUUUCUAAAGAGUUAUUUCAGGCAGAAGAAGAUGAUGAUGAUGACAGCGGCACCCAUUAUCUGAAUAGCGAUGAGAGACCAUGUACUCAUCUACAGCGAGCAGAGAGGCCAGGAAAUGGAAAACUGCCGGACACCUUCCAGACAGACCAUCUUCUGUACUAUGAGAGAUUCAAAGCAUAUCAAGAUUACAUGCUUGGUGACUGUAAAACAUCUGAAGUGGAAGCCUUCACGGCUGAAUACCUGGAGAAGAUAGUGGAGCCAUGUGAUUGGCAAGCCAUAUGGCACGCUGAUGUGUUUGAUGUGCUGGUUGAAGUUGUUGAUGUCGAUUGUAAGGAGCUGAAGGCAAAGGUGGAUCUGGUGCUGCCGAUGGAGUGUGAGACCAGAGGCUGUGAUCUUACUGAAGAGUCCAUGAAGGCCCUGCUGGAGGCUACACUUCAUAAAGUGCCUCUUCUCGAGCUCUCGGUUGUCUAUGAUGAAUCCGGGGACUUUGAUCAGACUGCUUUGGCCCUAGAACACCUCCGGUUUUUCUAUAAGCAUAUCUGGAGGAAGUGGGAUGAGGAAGAUGAGGACGAUGACUUUGAUUACUUUGUUCGGUGUGUGGAGCCUCGUCUUAGGCUGUACUAUGAUAUCUUGGAGGAUCGCGUGCCAGCUGGUCUUGUAGCUGAGUAUCACUCGACACUGGCACUCUGCUCUGAGAAGUUUCGGGAGUUUUCCAGCCUGAGAAGUGGCCUGGACAGCGACUCCGAGUCUGAGCAAGACAAUGUAUCCAUGGUGGAAGGACUGCGUCUGUAUGAGCAGCUGGAAGCACUUAAACGCAAGCUGCGUAUUAUUGAAAACCCGCUGCUCAGGUAUGUUCUGGGCUACAAGGUGAACUCCGGUCAGCAGUCAUGCAGGGCAAAGGGUCCACGUCCCGCUGGCGGCCGAGUGGUUCACUUGGUAUCUGCCUCGGCCACAGUUCACCAGCUUCAAAGCUUGAUAACUGACAAACUGAUGCCCCACUAUUCAAGUGAAGAGUUUGAAGUGCAGUUUCACAGCGACCCGGUGCUUGCGGUCAAUGCGUGCUAUGAGGGGGAUGUGGUCAUCGUAUGCCCUGGCCUUUACAGCAUCACCAGCUCCAUCAGUAUUGUUGACUCCAUCGAGGUUGAAGGAUACGGUCUGCCGGACGAGGUGGUGAUCGAGAAGCGUAACAAGGGUGACGCGUUUGUGGAGUCAACAGGAGCAAACGUCAAACUCUUGAAUCUAAAGUUCAUACAGCGCGACGCCAUUGAAGGCAUCUUGUGUGUUCGCCAGGGGAAGCUGGAAAUGGAAAAUUGUGUGAUGCAGUGUGAGACCACAGGUGUGAUUGUGCGAUCGGCGGCCCAGCUCUGCAUGAACAUGUGCGACCUGUAUGGCUCCAAGGGUGCCGGUGUGGAGAUCUACCCUGGGAGUGUAUGCAGUCUGGUGGGCAAUGGCAUCCAUCACUGCAAGGAGGGGAUCCUGAUUAAGGAUUUUGCAGACGAGUUGGACGCCAUGCCUAAAAUCACCAUGGUGAAUAACAUGAUCCACAACAAUCAGGGCUAUGGCGUUAUCUUGGUCAAGCCAGGUGAUGCUACCGUGGAGGAUCUGCCCUCAGAGCCCAGUGCCGCAGAUGAGAGGGAGAAAGAAUUUGAGAACACAGGAGUACAAUCAGAGGCAGAUAUAGAUGAUGAUGGUUGUGAUGAUGAUGUGCCUGCCAUUGUCGUGGAGGAAGAGUGCCCAGCCAUCAAACAUGGCCACUCCGGCCCUCCAGACUUCACUGAGGGAAAUGAUGCCAUCAAACAAGAGUUGGUUGCCACAUCGGCCAAGAAACAUGGGCUUCAGAAGAGCCGGAUGAAAGCACUAGGGGCCAUGCAGGCUGAUGAGAAUCUACUCUCACAGGAAAUGUUCAUUUCCAUUCAUGGAAAUCAAUUCAAGCACAAUGGAAAGGGAAGCUUUGGUACCUUCCUGUACUGAAAGCUUCUCUACGGCAAGCAUGCACAGACACACUUUACUGUUUAAUUAUUUAUUCUGUAUUUCUUCGAUUUUGCUGCAAGUUUACUUUGUGAGCUUUCAUUAAUUACUGUGUGAGUGAAAUGGCAAAAUGAAUUAAAUGUGCUAAAAUGUUUAGCCUUUUAAACUUUCUAUUUUUAACCUGUGCCUUUUUGAGUUGAGUCUUUGUUUAUCGGGAAGUUUUCAAACACUGAAACACUUGUGCAUGUAAUAACACAAAAGAGCAGCACCUUGGAAUUUUUUUGUUCAUACCAUGUCAUGUUUUUAUACCAAGACUUUUUUUUUUUUUUUUUUUUUUUUUUUUUGAGAGUUCACAUUUUUUCCACAUUUUAGUUUAAUGGUUACUAUAGUCACUAAUAAGCACUAAAAAGCAUUUAGUCCCUAAAAAAAGCAAAGAGCAAAAGCGGUAUUUUUUUAUUUUUCCCCCCUUAAUUGUCUCUCUA